UGUUUUUACACCGAUUCAACACACGGCUCGCCAUUUUAGUUAGACACUACGAAUAUUACAAACAGACACACUGUGUGCAUCGCUGUUAAAUUAACCUGAGCACCGAUCACUUCAGUUCAAUACUGUAAGAUGCACCUUUAAGUGCGGCCGAUGCGGGAUGGAUUAGUCUUCUCUUGGGGGUGAAAGUUCACAGUUCAGACUCCCAUCUCGCUGUGGUCUUUCAUCGAAGUCUGUACCGGAGUAGAAAGGAGGGAGAUUGGUUUUUGCUCUGUAUUUUUUUUUUUUAAGUUCGUUUAUUUCACGGUUUUGUUGCAGUAUUUUGUUCUCUUUGUAUAGCGCGAAGAUGCAGGACCUGCUCGCCACUGUUGAUCACAUUAAAUUCGAUCUGGAGAUCGCUGUGGAGCAGCAGCUGGGAGCACAGCCUCUGCCGUUUCCUGGCAUGGACAAAUCUGGGGCCGCUGUUUGUGAAUUCUUCCUGAAAGCAGCAUGUAUAAAAGGAGGCAUGUGUCCAUUCCGCCACAUCAGUGGAGAGAAGACGGUGGUGUGUAAGCACUGGCUGAGGGGGCUGUGUAAGAAAGGAGACCAGUGCGAGUUUCUGCACGAGUAUGACAUGACCAAGAUGCCAGAGUGUUACUUCUACUCCAAGUUUGGAGAGUGCAGUAAUAAGGAGUGCCCGUUCUUGCACAUUGACCCCGAGUCAAAAAUCAAAGACUGCCCGUGGUACGACCGAGGAUUCUGUAAACAUGGUCCCCUAUGCAGACACAGGCACUCUCGAAGAUAUAUCUGCGUCAAUUACCUGGUCGGGUUCUGUCCUGAAGGGACCGCCUGUAAACACGUGCAUCCUCGGUUUGAGUUGCCAAUGGGAACUAUGGAACAACCGCCGUUGCCUCAGCAACCGCCCAUGCAGCAGAAAGCACGGAACCUUCUGAAUUUUCAGCAGCAAAACGUUACUCAAAUGAUUCAGAGGUCAUCGUCCUCCUUGAUUCAGCUCACAAGCACCAACACCACCUCCAACCAACAGAGGAUGCCGCAGGGGUUUGGAGCCAUGCAAUACCAUGGCAACAGCACAGGAAGCAGAGGGCCCAGGCCCCUGGAGCAGGUCACCUGUUACAAGUGCGGUGAGAAGGGGCACUACGCAAACCGAUGUACCAAAGGGCACCUGGCAUUCCUGAGUGGGCAGUAGUUGCUCCUUGCUGACAUGUGGAACCUGAACUCUGGAAACAGUCACUGGAGCACAACAUGCUGCCCGGAAACAAUUUCUACAUCGGCCCCGUUUUCAGGGGGCCAUUUUUUUUAUUUUAAAGAGGCAGUGAACCCUUUUUAGUUUCUUGUCAGUCACUGUGAUUAGUUCAGUCAAACUGUUUUGUCACUUACAAGUUGGCCCCUUUGAAAAAAUACCAGCUGCCUGAAGUUAGAGAACAGUACUGUACUGCGCAGGACUCUUGUUUUUUGGUUUGCAAUGUGGUGGUUGAUGCAGAGUUAGUCAGAUGCCUAUUAGUGGUUGUUAAGAAUGCAGGCAGGAAUACGCCAGCCUGAUUGACUGAUUCAAUUCCAUUGCCAUGCACCUAACACAGCUGCAUGCACAGACUAGUGUGGAAGCAUUCUAUCAGGACUUUGGGUGACAAUAAGGACAGCAGGCAAUAUCUUGCUAUUUAAUGGGUUUUUUUUUAAAGCUUUGCUUGGUAUUUUAUGAUGUGCUUGCAUUAUUGCAACCCCUGGGGCAUCCAACCUAGAGUCAGAUGCACUACGUCAACCAAAAAAACAAAAAACACUUUUGUGCCUUUUUACUUUAAUUAUUUUUCACUUUUCUGUGCUAGUAAUUUACAGCAUGUGUUAAAAUAAAGGUAACCCACUAGCCACAAGGCAGGCAAGCAAAACCACAGCCCAGUAAGUGCAUGCAGAAAGACAGAAUCCUGUGGCUGCCAUCUGCUCCAUUUUAAUAUUGUUUAAUAUUGUUGUGCGUCUAGUUUUUAUUAGUUUUCUUAUAUAUUUUGGUAAGCACCCAGUGGUGAAAUGCAGUAACUAGUUUUUGACUGGGAUUUUAACUUGGCAGUGUCACCUAGUGGGCAAAUGCAUUUCCAGGAUCCAAACCUGACUGUUUUCUGCACUCCUUUGCUGCUCCGCUAUCGAUCGUUGUCUGAACUUGUGGAAAAGGUUUGUAUUGGGGUCAUAAACAAGGAGUGUGAACGCAGGCGCUGUAAUUAUUUCACAAGACAGCUACUUUUUCAGCUACUGUAUUCUCGUUGGUGGUUGACAGUACUAUUGAAAAAGGUAACACAAGUGGUGCAGGAAAGCAGAAAUAAUCUAAUGUUACCCUAGUUUUCUAUAUUAACAGUUUGCUUGUGGUUUUUUUUUAUUUUUUUAUUGGCAUCAAUUUGUUUUUGCUGCUUUUUCUCCAAUGCCAGAGCACGAUCUCAUCAUUUUUAUUCAGUUCAGUACAAUAACCCGUGCUUCCGAUUGCUUGUUUGGUCAUACUAAGCCUGGGUUGAUUCGAUCAGUCUUAAGGAGUGGGUCUUGUAAUGCAAGACUUUGAUAAGACCUGUUGAUGGCAAGGCUAUCUGCAGACUGGUAUUCGCUCUGCGUGAAUACAGUAGCUUGGAGUCCAAGCCUUCGACAACCUGUUUCACCAUGUUUUCUGCAGUGUAAGUUGUCUCAAAAUGAACGGAUAAUAAGUACUACUCAUAUCCCCUGUAAUGAGCUAAGAGUCAUAUAAGUUAUGUAAUAUAAAGAGUAAUAAACUCCACAAGCUCUGUAAAUGGUGUAUGUGAGAACAUUGUGGUGGCCAAGACGAAAGAGUGCCAGACUCCUUUGCCAGAGCCGAGAAGAGGGCCAUUCAAACUUGCAGGUAAAGGAUUUUUUUAUAAGGUAAAGAGUUACUGGCAAAGCCAAAUGUUUUCAUGGACUGAUGAAGUGCUUGUUCUUUCAGUGUUUUUUUUAAUUAAAGAAUAUUGUUCCAAAAUAAGUUAUGUAUUCCUUUUCAUUGUUAAAAAACCUGCCAAACAGGGUGUUCUUCAUGCCUUGUGAUUUAAAAAAAAAAUAAAAACGUAAUUCGCAAAUCCAGUAACCUAAGACUUCUUUUUAUAACAUUGCACUUAUUGUUUCUAUCUUGCCAUGUGUGUUUUACUUGUUAUUAAAUCCAGCAGUGCUAGCUUGUGCCAGGGUUUUCCUAAUCUGAAUAAUAUAGAUCCAUUAGUUCAGUUUUUAGAGAUGCAUUUAAGGACCUUGGUGUUUUAGUUAUAUAACUACCAGUUGGAUGCAUUCUAAUCAGAAAAUAAGGAACAUCAAAGCAGACUGUGGUGCCUGUCUUCUAUUUUAUAAACUCUGAAUCAAUCACUGGAUUAUGUUUCUAAAGCACAUACAGUAGGCACACACUAUGCAUCAUCUUGCUUAUUAAUGCAUUUCAGUUUUGUAAACACACACAGCAUAUUCAAUUAUAAACUUUAUUUUGUUUCUUGGUCGCACAUUCUUCCUCAUACACCAUGACAACAGAACACUAACAAGCCAAGAUGAACCAGCUUCAAAACCAGUGGAGUUACUGGAAAUCCAGU